AUGCAGAUGUACUGCCAAAGUUCCACUCAAAGAGUGAUUAUACAAUUUUUUGACAGAUUAUUAAAAUCACCACUUGUUCUUGGUACGUCACAAACAUUGGAUGACUAUAGUUGGCACACUCUAGGUAUUGAAUACCAGGUCGAUCUGAAGCCCCUGCGGGAAGCGGCGAUCGCCGUCCCGACGCAGAAGAUCUCCGCGAAGCGGAAGGCGGAGGAAGCGGACGCCAGCAAAGACUUGAAGAAGGCGAAAUUGGAAACGAAAGCGCUGAAAGCGAAGAGGCCGGGCUUCACGGACGAGCGGUACAACGAGACCAGCUAUUACGUGGAGAACGGGCUCCGGAAAGUGUACCCAUACUACUUCACCUUCACCACGUUCACGAAAGGGAGAUGGGUGGGCGAGAAGAUCCUCGAGGUGUUCGCCAGGGAGUUCCGGGCACAUCCGGCGGAGGAGUACGAGCGUUGCAUCCGUGCUGGCACCCUGACUGUCAACUAUCAGAAGGUGGACGUCGAUUACAGAUUACGGCACAACGAUCUGCUGGCCAACGUCGUCCAUAGACACGAGGUGCCUGUCACCUCGGAGCCGAUCACGGUGAUACACAUGGACGAGGACGUCGUCGUGGUCAACAAGCCCGCCUCCAUCCCUGUGCACCCAUGUGGACGAUACCGACACAACACCGUGGUAUUCAUCCUGGCGAAGGAGUACAACCUGAAGAACCUGAGGACCAUCCACAGGCUGGACAGACUGACCAGCGGUAUUCUCCUUUUCGGUAGAACGCCGAAGAAGGCGAGGCAGAUGGAGCACCAAAUAAGAAACAGACAGGUGCACAAGCAGUACGUGUGCCGAGUGGAAGGCGAGUUUCCCGAGGAAGAAGUGGUGUGUUCAGAGCCGAUCGAGGUGGUGUCGUACAAGAUCGGCGUGUGCAAGGUGUCCGAGAAGGGGAAGGAUUGCGUGACACGUUUCAAGCGUCUGAGCUACAACGGCAAGUCGUCGGUGGUGCUGUGCAAGCCUCAGACAGGACGAAUGCAUCAGAUCCGUGUGCAUCUUCAAUACCUGGGCUACCCAGUGGUGAACGACCCUCUGUACAACCAUGUAGUAUUUGGUCCUGAGAAGGGUAAGGGUGGUAACAUCGGGAAGACCGACCAGGAGCUAGUUCGAGACCUGAUCAGCAUCCACAACGCGGAGAACUGGCUCGGCAUGGACGGGGACUCUGAGAUGAGUCUGUUCAAGCCGAAGCUUGACAUGGAGGAACGCGUGUUGAGCAACGAUAAGGACGGGUCCUCGCCGUCCUCGACACCUGGUCUAGGGGAGGAGGAACAGCAGCAGCAACAGGAACAAUCGCUUAAGGUGACGGUGGGAACGCAGACGGGAUCGGAGCCACCGGAUUCUAGUUUCACGAACGACAAGAUGACGGUCGAUCCGCACUGCUACGAGUGCAAAGUGAAGUACAGAGACCCGAAACCAUCUGACCUGGUCAUGUAUCUGCACGCGUGGCGCUACUGCGGUCCAGGCUGGGAGUACGAGACCCCGCUUCCUGCCUGGGCAGCCAGCGACUGGGCCGAGGAGGACCGAUAGUUCCGGUCCACGAAGCAUCGAAACGAGCUGCCAUCACCCUUCGUACCCCUUUUUGAUAUCCUUACCCCGUGCCUUCCAUCCGCCAGCGAGCGAUCUCGACCAUCGUACAUGUACCCAUCCCUGUGACCAGGUCGCUGGACUCGCAAAUAAAUGGCAGACCUCGACGUUGGUCCGCCGAGAUUGGUGUCACGCCUGGUCUGCGCUGAUAUUCGAGGCUCUUAGGCUGGGGAUAUCGCGGUGAAUCUGUCAGGAUCGUUUCGAGGAUGAGAUUCUCAAUGAAUGACAGGUUCAUCUGGUAUUCCGAUGUUUCUUGACGAUGAUGGAUCUUAAACGAGGAAGAUCGAUCGAUGGCAAGGCGUUUGGAGCGCUAACCGGUUCCAGACGGAUCUGAAGUUCGCGUGAGAGGUCUUGCGAGCGUUCCGGCGAAUCUUCCAGCAACGUUUCAGAUCGUCCUCGAUCCCUCGCGCGUUCACUCGUUGUUCCAAUUGAUGAGAGUAACGCGGCCACCUCUAGGGUCUCGCGUGGUUAGGUGUAAUUGAUAGAUGGGGAUCUUCUGGCAGGCCUGCGAUAGAGUGUGAACUCUCGUUCAGGAUGCACGGGUGAAUGGUGUAAAAAAUCGAAGCAUCAGCCUGGCACACGGUGCGAUGAAACGAUCCUGACCGGUUCUGUAAACGGGUCGGUCGAAUAGUCACUGCCACCCGUGCGCGCACGAGAGAAGAUUGAUGCAACUGUCAACCGCGGAAGCCCGGAUGGAUCGUUAUCGUUCGUGUUCUUGAUUUAUGAUGCAGAUAGGGACGAGGAAAGCCGGCGGUCUUUUCCAUUAUUAAGGCGAAAGCGACGUAACUUUUUGCUUCUGAUCUGUGAGGAAAGCGCGCUCGCAUCCCGAGUCCUUUUCAUGAAUUUUCUUGCCACCAACCAACCAGGAGGAUUCCUUCCUCCGUUAUUUCCUUUCACCUUCCAUUGGUAGAGUGUAGACGAGAUCGAAAUAAUACUUAACGGAGAUAGUCGACGUUUCGCUUCAUCUUCUUUUCCUUCGCGUCAAAGUCUAUUUAUGUAACAAAAGCUUCGUUCUAUCAAUUGGGGGUUGCAAUGAAACUUCUAAGCGUAUUAUGCAGACUGUAUCAGGGAGUACCGCUGAACCCCUAACGCAAGGCAAACUAUUCCUAUUUCCUUAAUUAGAAUCGCCUCCAGCCAACUUUCUACAGCUAUGUAAAGCGAUCCACGUUGUAUUUCUUAAUCAGAUUAACCGGACAUAGAAUAGAUACGACGUUGCUCCCUAGUCCAAGUAACUCAUCGUGUCACCCAGAACGUAGAUGAUCAAAAUUCAGCCCUGCGACUAAUAACUUCCAUUCUACCUUACUUUCGACGUCUUGUUUCAACCAGCGUGUUCCAACAAUCUCUACAAUCACCAUACAUCCAUCUAUCCCAUCGCAAACGCUCAUGAUGCACAUGAGAGAGCAAGGAAAACAAUGACAAGAUCGCGACUGAGGGUUAUUUAAAAAAGAAUCGUCAUCGACCAGCGUUCAUCCUCGAGAGCCGACGCGCAGGCAAGGGGGCUGACUUAGGAAACUGCAAUAGAGACGCGUCUAUUUUUAUGGCUGAUUAUAUAUACAGGAAACUAAAUAGUGGCGCAGGUCCAGCGGCAGAGGUCUCCAACAAUAAGCGUGAUCUUGCCAGGAGGAUAUAGCCAACGAUCAUGCCAAAGAGCGCGAGCGCGUGUCCGGCGAGCGAGAGCGAGAGCAUGAGAGAUCGUGUGAAAGAUAACGUAUGCGUGCGUGGGAGAGAGAGAGCGAGUGAGCUUCUUUCAAGUCAUAUCGUGUACGUGUACCUUGUUCCCGCGCGUCGAAAAAGACCGCGUCCAAGUGGCAGGACUUGUAACAAGUACAAUCGAGCGAGUGAAAUAACGAGAUUAACGUCGUACAUUAUUUUGCUACGAGUCACGUUCGUCUCCUCUAGCGGGGCUAUACAUAGGCUUUUAUCGCGUGCUCGAGAUGUCCGGAGAAAAGGUGAUGGGAAUGUAGGGGUCCUCGUGGUCUUCUGCUUGCUUGGGACAUUUACUCGUAUAGCGAGCCAAAGAUGCAGCUCUACCCUUUCAUUGUAUAAUUUUUCUAUACCUCUGUACCUCAUUUGUAUCGACUUUCGCCCCCUCUGUUGGAGUAUAUUACGUCCAGUUCUUCGUCCUUGGGUUGAGUUCUACUGUGCUUGAUUUCUCAGUUAUACUUUUUCCAUCAUCCGAUGGGACUCUCUUUGGCUCAUUGAACGACGCAGGUAGAAUUAUCCCGAAAUUUAAGGAUCAUGGGAUUAGAUUUCAUCAGGAUUAUUCCCUCUGUUUGAUGCUUGGUUCUGUAAACCGCCUUGUUUCGGAGAAAUUUUGAGUAGAGAUCACACCUAACCUAGAAAUUCCUCGCAGAGGAGAGAUCGUCUUAAGAGUACACGGCUUACAUUUUCGAAGUCUCAAACGAUGCACGCUGACAUCGCAAGAAGGGAACAAAAACCAUGUUUUAUACGAAAGCUUUGUAAUAAUCGCGAGCUAUUAAAUAAAUUAUCGAACGAGAAUGGAACGGAGUAUGAGAAGAUAUCGAAAGAUGUAAAAAGGUUCCCGUCACCUCUCCGGAUUCUUGAGAGCAAGAGGCAAACAGAGAUCAGUGGACAGAGAUUUUAGAUAGAUAGAGGUAGGAGGGAGAUAACGUAACAACGGACCUAUCAUAAAAGACAGUGUGUGCGCUUACUAACUCACCGGGACAGCUUGCGAGGUGGGACGAAAUAAUAAAAAGGAGAGCGAGCUGUCCCGAUAUUGUAACGGCUAGCUUAAUUUUAUUUAAGUAAAAGAAAAAAAAAAGGAAGGAACUAACUCUCGACGAUAUAUCGAAUGAAGGAAAGACAAAGAGAACAGGGAGAGAAAGGGGGAGAAGAGUAGAAACUCCAAAAGACAGUCCCGAUUUAGUGGCACAGAGAUACAGAGAGUAAGGGAGAACGAGCGAGAGAGAGAGCGAGAGCGAGAAAGACAUCGGUCUGUAAAUCGAGCGAGCGCUUUUGUAUGUAUAUACAUAUAUAUAUAUAUAUAUUGUAUAUUGUAUACGCACAUUGUACCGUAAUCCGAGCGACAUUAUUAUCUGUAUCCGUAGUGAACGGAAACGUUAGAGCUAGAAAACUUUUUUCUUGUAUAAUGAACGAAUAAAUGCAAAGUAUCGUUCGGUAUACACGUCGUGUGCCAAUGUUCUCUUUAUUUUGCGAUUUUUGUCUCGUAAUCGUUCCACCCUCUUUCAUGCGCGUUCUUUGAUUUAUUCGAUGUGAAAUGUACUUAAGAACACUGAAUACUUUAAGGGCGAAUAUUUGGCAUUCAGCAAAUAUUCGAUGUGAAAAGACGAUAUAUAUAUAUUUUGACGCGAUAAAAAUGUUACGUGUAAUUAUUUGGGAGUUAAAAUGUACAAGAUGAUUCACUGGUAAUAAUUUCCAACAUGGCUACCUUGGAUCGUUAAAAGAAUUGUAUUUCGCAAGUAAUAAAAAUGAUUCUUCAGUCACACUGUAAUUGAAUCAUACUGUACAUUUUGCGGAAAUAGACAGACACGAAUGGCUUAUUAAUUUUGUCACGUUAUGCGUUAUGAUUUGGUGUUCGCUGCGUCUCGUUGAAUCCUCAAUGAGAACGAACAAGAUCGCUUGUAACGAUGUUACUUCGAACAGGGUUAGAGGCUGUUAUUUUUUUGGAUUCCGCUAUCGUUGAAAUAAAAUC